UGUUUAGUUACCAAAUAGUUUUUUAAUAGUUUUGUUGUGUAUAAUGGCGUUAAUGCAAAUUUUAUUGGCAAAUAUUACGCAUGAGUCAUCGAUAUAAUAGAGAUAAUGGCAUUCAAUUUUCGAGCUGAACAGUUUGAUACUGAAUUUAAUCCAACUAAUUUGGGAAAUUGGGAAGUACCAAAAUGGUAUCCAGAUAAACCAUGCAUCAGAAAAGGUUGUACAAAAAUUAUAUCAAAUGAUCAAGGGCAUAUAUUACCUGGUCUAAAAAAAACUUCAAGUCCUUGGGGUAAUUAUAUUGGAACAUGGCAAUUACCAAAACGCAUAACUAGAGAAAUAGCUAAUGAAUUAAACCGUCCUGAUCCAGAAAAGGUUGAAGCUCGUCGUAGAAAAUAUUUAUAUGAAAAGAAGUACCUUGAAAAAAAUUUUGGUCCAAAUCGGUUUGUCUCCAAAGAUAAAUCAAUCAGUCAAACUGAUAAAGAUAAUACCACUACAACUCUCUACGUUAAUAAAAGGGAAGCUGACAAAUCAAUUGCAUAUAAUGAUGAAAAUAAACCAUUAAUACAGAGCGCUUCCAUUUUAAGCGAUGAAGAACGCACCAAUUUAAGCGAUGAAGAACGCCUUAAAUUAAGAGAAUCACCCGCCAAUAUAAAUUUGGCUACUUUGCCUAAAGUGGAAAAUGACGAUAACAAUAAACCGUACACACCUGGCGAUUUAACAUCACCAAGACAUCGACAUCAUAGUCAUGAAAUGCUGAAAAGUACACCUAACGAGAAACUAACAUUACCUCAAAUAAAUCAGUCACACGAACGAUUAUCUCAUACAAGUGAAGAUCAAGUUCCACCCGAAGUACAAAUAGCCAUUCAUAAUUUUCAAACAGCAAAAACAUUCCAUCGCGAAAAUUUAGAACAUCAACCUUUACCCGAAACGGUAACUGAUCCAUACUAUCGACGAUUACAAAUGCAAGGACAUCAACAUCCAGGAAUUGCUUUAAAAAUUGAACCCAUAGUAACCGGAGUCGGUUACAAACCUUACGGUGGUUAUAGCCCAACUCAAUGUACAAAAUUAAAAGUAUAUCGUCCGAAAACUUGCACUCCUUGUAGUAAACAAGAUCGACAUAUAAAAAAUAAUCGUCCAAGUACAACUGAUAAGCGUAGAUCCGUGCAUACAAUUAUCCAAAAAGAUAUUACACCAAUUGAAUUAGCGAUUUGUUGGGAUGUAAUACCGGAAAAUCCCGAGGAUGAACCAAAACGACCUGUACAUAUAGAUGGGUCUAAUGGUUCCGCUGCGCCAGCAGUAUUUACAAAAGUUUAUUCACCAAAACCUGAAGACGAACACGCAGAAUCAACUCGAAUACAUACGCAAUCAUUUUUCGAAAAAGUCGAAAAUCCUCAACGUGACCCAGGUGAUAAUGACGACUGCGAUAUGAAUCAUCACCAAAGAGCAAAAACAGCUUGGUGUGGAAAGACUGAUAAAGAUUUAUGUAACCACAUAAAACAAAUGAAAAUUUCUGAUAAUGGUCAUGAUGGAAAACAUUCAGAUAAUGCCUCGCAUUCUAGUAGCAAUAAAGAUAGUAAAAAAAGCAGUAAAAGCAACAGCCAUAAUUCACAUUCGGCAUACAAAAAUAACGACGCAGUAAAUGAUCGAAUACUAGAAAGACAAAACCAUCAUAGUCAUAGCUCACCAAAUUUAUCCGUUUAUGGCGAUAAAGAAAAAAUUCGUCCGAAAUCCGAAUAUAAAAUGGCAUUUAAAGCGGGAAAACCAAACAGUAGUUCAUCCGAUUCAAAUUCUUAUGGAUCACAUAAACCUUAUAUAUGCGUUCCAAAACCAAGAGAUCCAUUUGUUAGAAAAAAUUAUCGAAUUACAACAUUGGCUCCACCAUUCUGUUUAAAACCAGAGAAACGGGACUGUGAAUACCCUGAACAUUGGCGAUUAGCAAGUGUUUAUCAACAUUCGUAUAAACCAAUGCAAACGCGUAAACGGCCUUUAUUAGCAAGUGUUUAUAAUUAA